UAUUGCCAGCAUUGGAGUUUGUAGCGUUGGACCCGUUUAUUCUUUUUCUUUUCACCCCUCCAAGCAGAGGAUCGUCUACUGUUUGUACGCUACUCUGUUUGGUUUAUAUACCGCACAAGGGGAUGUAGCAGCCUGUGCACUGACCCCGAGCUGUCUCACCCUACCCUUUGCCCUUCCCUUGGGACCCAGUGACCAUGCUGACCGAGCCUCAAACACCACAAAGAUCAGAGCCCAGACCGACUCUAAGGCCCGUUGGAACCUGUGCAGCACCAUGUCCCAGCCAUUCACGGCUCCACUUGAGGCUAACAGCUCACGAUCAGAAGAGUCUGGGGUUCAGCUGAAAUGGGCCGCCCUGCUUAUUGUCAUGGUUAUCAUCCCGACUAUUGGAGGGAACAUUUUGGUUAUUCUUGCUGUGUCACUUGAGAGAAAGCUGCAGAACGCUACCAACUAUUUCCUGAUGUCGCUUGCUGUGGCUGAUCUACUGGUGGGACUCCUGGUGAUGCCCAUCGCCCUCGUCACUGUUCUCUACAACUCCGGCUGGCCUCUUCCGGACUUCCUCUGCCCUAUUUGGCUCUUCCUGGAUGUGCUGUUUUCCACUGCAUCCAUCAUGCAUCUAUGCGCCAUUUCACUGGACCGCUACAUCGCCAUCAAGAAGCCAAUUCAACAUAGCCAGUACAAAUCCAGGGCCAAGGCGAUGGUCAAGAUAGCACUGGUGUGGCUUAUAUCCAUUUGCAUAGCUAUCCCGAUUCCAAUCAGGGGGCUUCAGAACUACCCUUCUCACAACAACAUCACCUUCAACAGCAACCACACAUGCCUGCUGAAAACGGACACCUUCUGGGACUUUAUCAUGUUUGGCUCCAUGGCGGCAUUCUUCAUCCCUUUGACCAUCAUGAUGGUCAUCUACCUUCUUACUGUCCAGGUGUUGCGCAAAAAGGUUUAUUUGCUCAAGGCAAAGGUGACUCAUCGUUUUAGCCCAACAAUCACCACAGUUUUUCAAAAGGAACAGGAUGUGACCUCACUUCAAGCUGAGCAACUGAAUAUGCUGGACAAGGGACUUCCCAGGAUUCAAGAAAAAACUAAUGUAGGAACAGCAAACUCUCGUACAAGAGAUGACAUGCCAUUUCGGAGAAUGUCCACUAUGGGCAAGAAGUCAAUACAAACUCUGAGCAAUGAGCAGCGUGCCUCAAAGGUGCUAGGCAUUGUCUUUCUCUUGUUUGUAGUCAUGUGGUGCCCCUUCUUCAUUACUAAUAUCACCUCUGUGCUAUGCACCAGCUGUGAUUUUAAUGUAAUAGCCCGCCUCAUGGAGAUCUUUGUUUGGGUGGGUUAUGUGUCAUCGGGAAUCAACCCAUUGGUCUAUACCCUAUUCAACAAAACUUUCAGACAGGCAUUCACACGUUACAUGACCUGCAAUUACAAGGACACUGCUGGUCACAAGCCAGUGAGGCAACCAAGGGUAUCAAAUGCAGAUCGGACCCUUGCGAAAAUUUCAUUCAGUUGUUCUGUGGCAGAAAACUCUAAACUGUUCAUGAAGCGGGGAAUGAAGAAUGGCAUUGGAGCAGUGAGCUACCAAAGUCCACUGAGGGGCCAACAGGCACCUGCACAGUCAUCCAAUGGUGUUGUGUUAGACACAAUGCUCCUGACUGAAAAUGAACACAGCAAACAGGAAGAACAUGUAAGUUGUGUAUAGAACUACUAGUAAGAAUUAUCCAAUUAAAAAGAGAGCACAUGGAAGUGUUUUAUAUCCUUAAAACAAAAUGUUUGUCCCAACAC